AUGACUUUUUCAGGAAAACUAAGCUUCUGACCAAUAAAAGCAAAGCUAAAUAGAGAUGUGGCGAUUAUAGGGAAAAUGAGUCCAUUUUGUGCUGUUUCAGUAGGGGAUCAAAGGUCUAAAACAAGGAUUUCUUUGAAAGGCGGAAGAGAGCCACAAUGAAAUGAUAAGCUUGAUUUUAUAACAUUGGGAGAAAAUAAAGCAAGGAUUGGAGUAUAUAAUAAUGGAAUACUUUUACCUGAAGAAGAAAUUGGAAGUAGAGAAUUAUCAUUCCAAGGCAUUUUUUCUGAGCAAUGCAUUGAAGAAAUUGUCUAUAUUUAUUAUAAAGGUGAAAUUGCAGGUCAGUUGCUGCUUAAGCUAGAAUUUUGUCCACUUAACGAAUUAGUAUCUUCAACUUUAAAAGAAAAAACUAGCACUGGACUUGAAGCAAAAGAUACCAAAAAACUUGAGAAUUCUCCUCAUGAUUCAAAAUUAAUAGAUACGCAUCAGCAAGGCUUAAUUAAAUAG